UCCUCGCGGCCGGGAGCGUCUUCGUGCGCCCUCGCCCGGCAGUGCCUACCUAACGGUCUGAACGCGUGGCUGGCGCCUGAGAGCGAAGCGCGCGAGGCCGCCCAGCGACCGAAGCGGCUGGAGCAUCGAGGAGUGGUCCUCAGUGAGAAUUUAGCUUUUGGCCCUUCUCAUAAGGAUGGAAGUGCUACUGUUUGGUGUCUGGGGCCUGCUGGCCUUGAUCCCUUGCCCAGAGGCCGCAGAAGAGCUAUUUGAGGUUUCUGUCUGGCCAAAUCAGGCCUUUGUAAAGUAUGGACAGUCCCUGAUGGUCAACUGUAGCACUACUUGCCCAGAUCCGGGACCCAGUGGAAUUGAGACCUUAUUAAAGAGAACCCAGGUGGGCAAAGGGCCUCAGUGGAAGGAGUUUCUCCUGGAAGAUGUCACACAGAAUUCCAUCGUGCAGUGCUUCUUCUCUUGCGCAGGAAUCCAAAAGGACAUAAGCCUUGGCAUCACUGUGUAUCAGCCACCAGAGCAGGUAAUCAUGGAGCUGCAGCCUGCAUGGGUGGCCGUGGAUGAAGCCUUUAUAGUGACAUGCCAUGUGCCCAGUGUCACACCUCUGGAGGACCUCACCCUUACACUUCUCCAGGAUGACCAAGAACUACAUAAAAAGAACUUUAGGAGCUUAUCUGCGGCCUCUCAAAGAGCUGAGAUCACCAUCAAUGUCAAAGCCCAAAUGGAGGAUGACAGGUGCAAUUUCUCCUGCCGCGCCGAGCUGGACCUGAGUUCACGUGGUGGAGGGCUUUUUCGCAAUAGCUCAGCAAUCAAGGUACUCCGAAUCUUUGAAUUCUCUCAGAGCCCCCAAAUCUGGGUGUCUUCACUUUUGGAGGUUGGGAUGGCAGAGACUGUGAGCUGUGAGGUGGCUAGGGUGUUCCCAGCUGAAGAGGUAGCGGUCCACAUGUUCCUGGGCGACCAGGAGCUGGACCCCUUCCUCUCCUGGGAGGGAGACACAGUAUGGGCCAAUGCCACCGUUCGGGCCACGGAGACCGGUGAUCAGGAGGUGUCUUGCCUUGUAUCUCUGGGUCCAGUGGAGCAGAAAACAAGAGAGCCAGUGCAUGUCUAUAGCUUCCCUCCCCCAGUCCUGGAGAUAGAAGAAUUAUACCCGUUGGCAGGGACAGAAAUUAACAUAACCUGCUCAGGGCAUGUAUUAACAUUCCCCAGCCCUACUCUUCGGCUCCAGGGAGCCCCAGAUCUCCCGCUCCCUGGGGAGCCUGCCUGGCUUUUACUUACCACCAGGGAGGAAGAUGAUGGCCGAAAUUUCUCCUGUGAGGCCUCUGUAGAGGUUCAGGGUCAGCGGUUGAGCAAAAGCACUGUGAUCCAGCUCCAUGUCUUAUACAAGCCACGAUUAGAGGAAUCUGGUUGUCCUGGCAACCAGACCUGGUUGGAAGGGAUGGAGCAAAGGCUCACCUGUGUCCCAAAGGGAAACCCGACGCCAGUCUUGAUGUGUACCUGGAAUGGAACGAUCUUUGACCUUGAAGUGCCCGAGAAGGCGACUCAGAACCACUCUAGGACCUACUGCUGCACAGCCACUAACCAGCUAGGCUCUGUCAGCAAAGACAUUGUGGUCAUUGUUCAAGCAGGACUGGAUGAAGGAGUCGGUUCCACCAUCUUCAUCAUCAUUAUUGUCGCCCUUGGAGGGGGUUUGAUCAUCAUAGCCCUGUACUUGAACUAUCGGCCCUGCAAAAUAGAGGAGGAAAUUGCCCUAUAGGCAGAAGGAGAAGAACAAAGAGGAGGAAAGCCAGUUUGCUGUUCAACAAGCAGAAAAGUACAGUGCACAUAAUUGUUACAUAGAACCUGAUAUUUGGUUGACGGCCACCUCUACUCCUGGGGUUUCCUCAGGGAGGGAAGAGGGGAUAGAGGAGAAAGGAAGAGACAGUCCUUUGUGUUCUGUGGUCCCCUAAAGCAAUGUUUCAGGCCUUCAUGUCCUCUGUAACCAAUGCACCCACAAGGUCAGCUCCUCAGAGUAGGAAGUUCAGUCUCAAUGUUCAGCCAGUGAGGGGGCCUUUGCCUCUUUGCUGCAUGCUCAGUCAGUCCACUCUAAGGGGCAGAAAAGAAGACCCUUCCUGCGCCUCCUCAUCCCAGGUCCCACUGCCCUUUGCUCCCAAACGUCAGACUGAAGACAUAGAAAUAUCUCUGAAGUACAACUCAUUUCUCAUGGUUUUCUCAUGACUACGUGGGAACCGAUUUCUUAGUCCAGAGACAGGACUUUGAAGGGAGUCAGUACCCUACAAAGGGCUAGGAAUCAGAGCCCUAUUCCUCCCUACACACCCCCCUGCUCCCCUAACCGGGGGUUCUGGAAUGCCGGCUCCCAGAGCUGAGCGUCUAGGCUCAGUGUCUAGCUAGGCUUCAAUUCACUAACCAUCUCUGUGUGCCUUAAGAGGAGUAUGAAAAUCAUAAAAAUCCCACACUGGGUCAGACAAGCAGCUUUCUCAGCCCAGUGUUCUGUCCCUGAAGUGGAAGGUUAGAGUGUUCCUGUGAAAUCGGGCUCCAGACAUCUCUGAAUUCCUUUUCGUAAUCCAUUAUAGAGUAAAUAAAUCAUCUGUGAGUUCAUGUUAAACAUACUAUUUUUUUUAACCUGUACUAGUUCUCAGGGUAGAGUUCAGUGUUUUUUUCUCCCUUUCCAUAAAGAACUAUAUAUUUUCAUAUGUCUGCAAACGAUUUCCUUUAAGCUUCAGGAGGACUCUUUCUAUGGCGUGUUCACUGUGUGAUUGAGCUUCCUUCUCUGUUCUUUGUAAAGAUUAUAUUCACUUCCUAGAGAAGACAUGAGGAAUUGUAAAACCAGGUAUUUUCUCCCAAAUCAGUCAGGUAUAGGUCACUGAAA